AUGCUAAUCUGUCUGACAUGCUACCAUAAAAACCAAAAAAAUUCUCUCGUAUCCAUGACUUUUCACAUUCUAAUAGUACUAUUGAGCUUUCUCGUCGCCGUUUUUGGCUUCGAGGCUACUCCUCGCAAAAGUAUCGAUUCUAUCAGAACCAAACCCACCAACUGCACUUCUCUUCGUGCCAUUGAUUUUGAUCCAAAAACAAUCUUUUUGUGCACGGAGACCAAUUCAACACUUCUCCACCACAGUCUACUUGAUACAGCUUCCAGAGUGGGUGGAAAUCUUGUUCCUUCGAAUCACGACGUUCAGCUCCAAGAGCUCGGAAUUAGUGCCGAUUCCAAUACUUGGCUCGAAGCUUCCAAUGGAUACUACUAUGGUAAUUUGGAGCCCAUGGUUCCGUUGAGCGGGUGUCUUGAUAGUAGUCAUGGCGCUGGAGGCUCAUUGGCUGGAGAAUUUUCAAUCAAUUUGGGUACAACUUCUUCAUUGGAUUUACCGUUUCUUUGGGCAUCGGGUUUCCAGCCGUCGCUCGUUGGAGGAGUUACAAACGACAUAGAUACCUCGUUUACCAUCGCCAGGCAGUUUCUGUGUUUAGUCCCAGCCAAUUCUACAGGCCAGAUCUUCUACAGGCCGUUCCGGAUCGAAGUUGCAAAACCGCGGAUUCGUCCAUGGACCGUUAUUAAGGGACUUCGGUCUAAAAUCCUCCAAGGAAACUGGUUGCAACUACAAAAGGCAUCCUUCUACUCGGCAGCCACUCCCCCACAGUUUUUGUGUGUUACAGACCCCAAAGAACUCAAGUGCUAA